CGCCUCCAGACGUCCCCGCCCCUGCCCCCUCCCGCCAAAGUCUGCGCGCGAAAUCCGUGUGGCGCGAACCCGGAGCUUUCGGGAGCAGUCGCGGAGCAAGCGAGUUCGGCUACACGCCGCGGCCUGAGAGGUAAACCAACAAGAAAAAAGAACUAGAGAAGAAGGUGGAGACUUGUAUUACCACCAUCCACCAUCAUGCAGCGUAGUAUCAUGUCAUUUUUUCAACCUUCAAAAGAGGGUAAAGCAAAGAAGCUGGAAAAGGAGACCCCCAAGAACACCAGAGAGAAGGAGCCCCCUCCAAAGGUGGCACUGAAGGAGAGGAAUGGAGUGGUACCUGAGAGUGACUCUCCAGUGAAGAGGCCAGGGAGGAAGGUGGCCCAGGUCCUCAGCAGCGAAGGGGAGGAAGAAGAUGAAGCCCUUGCCACCCCCAAAGGCCAGAAACUUCUUUCAGACUCUUCCCCCAGCCCUGACACAUGUCCUGAGAACAGCCCUUUCCUUGCCAGCAGUCCUCCCAUGGAUGUGUCCCCAUCAGGGUUCCCGAAGCGUCGCACAGCUCGGAAGCAGCUGUCAAAACGGACAAAUCAGGAUGUUUUGAAAGAUCAGAAAGAGGACAAAGACAGAGAAGCCAAGAAGAGGAAGACGGAAGAAACAGAGACCCCAAGGGAAAACCUCACAGAGGCCAAAGAGGUAAAACAGAAGGACGAUGAGGGCGACCAAGCCACACCAGGCUCUGAGCCUACAACACCACCUAAGACCCCAAAGACCCCCAUUCGGAAGCAGCUCCUGAAACGGAUGAAUCGGGAUGUUCUGGAAGAGCAGAAAGAGGAAAAGGACAGAGGAACCAAGAAAAGGAAGAAGGAAGAAGCAGAGAUUCCAAGCCUUACAGAGACCAAAGAGGCAAAACAGAAGGAAGAAGAGGAGGGGGACAAGCCCACGACACCACCCGAGACCCUAAAGACCCCCAAAGCAGUGACCCUGGCAAAGAAAGAAAAGGUUCCAGUAUCCAAGGCCAGCGGGAAACAGGAGCCUCAGGAAGAGGAGCAGAGCAAGCCUCCUGCCAGAGGGGCUCGGACGCUUAACAGCUUCUUUAUCCCCCGGAAACCAGCAGCCAAGUCUGAAGUGAAACAAGAGGAGUCGAGUACUCCAAGGAAGGAGGAGACCAAGGGAGCCCUCAACCCAACAGGCUACAAUCCUGCCAAGAACAACUAUCAUCCCAUCGAAGAUGCUUGCUGGAAAGUCGGCCAGAAGGUCCCUUUUCUCGCUGUGGCCCGGACAUUUGAGAAGAUUGAGGAGGUUUCUGCUCGGCUCAGGAUGGUGGAGACCCUGAGCAACCUGCUGCGUUCCGUGGUGGCCCUGUCGCCUCCAGACCUGCUCCCUGUCCUCUACCUCACUCUCAACCGCCUCGGGCCACCCCAGCAGGGACUGGAACUGGGCGUUGGUGAUGGUGUCCUCCUCAAGGCAGUGGCCCAGGCCACAGGUCGGCAGCUGGAGUCAGUCCGAGCUGAGGCAGCUGAGAAGGGCGACGUGGGGCUGGUGGCAGAGAACAGCCGCAGUACCCAGAGACUCAUGCUGCCCCCACCCCCGCUCACCACCUCGGGGGUCUUCUCCAAAUUCCGAGACAUCGCCAGGCUCACUGGUAGUGCUUCCAUGGCCAAGAAGAUGGACAUCAUCAAGGGCCUGUUUGUCGCCUGCCGCCACUCAGAAGCCCGGUUCAUUGCCAGGUCCCUAAGUGGAAAGCUACGCCUUGGGUUGGCUGAACAGUCGGUACUGGCCGCCCUUGCCCAGGCUGUGAGCCUUACACCCCCUGGUCAAGAAUUUCCCCCACCUGUGGUGGAUGUUGGAAAGGGCAAGACAGCAGAGGCCAGAAAGACAUGGUUGGAGGAACAAGGCAUGAUCUUGAAGCAGACCUUCUGUGAGGUGCCCGAUCUGGAUCGAAUUGUCCCUGUGUUGUUGGAACAUGGCCUGGAACAUCUGCCAGAGCACUGCAAGCUAAGCCCAGGGGUCCCUCUGAAACCGAUGCUGGCCCAUCCCACUCGUGGUGUUGGUGAGGUCCUGAAACGCUUUGAGGAGGCAGAUUUCACCUGCGAGUACAAAUACGACGGACAGCGGGCACAGAUCCAUGUUCUAGAAGGUGGAGAGGUAAAGAUCUUCAGCAGGAACCAGGAGGACAACACAGGAAAGUACCCCGACAUCAUCAGUCGCAUCCCUAAGAUCAAACUCCCCUCAGUCGCAUCUUUCAUCCUGGACACUGAAGCUGUGGCCUGGGACCGGGAGAAGAAGCAGAUCCAGCCAUUCCAAGUGCUCACCACUCGCAAACGCAAGGAUGUUGAUGCAUCAGAGAUACAAGUGCAGGUGUGUUUAUAUGCCUUCGACCUCAUCUACCUCAACGGAGAGUCCCUGGUCCGACAGCCCCUGUCUCGCCGCCGGCAGCUGCUCCGGGAGAACUUUGUGGAGACAGAGGGUGAGUUUGUCUUCGCCACCUCCCUGGAUACCAAGGACACUGAGCAGAUUGCUGAGUUCUUGGAGCAGUCAGUGAAAGACUCCUGCGAGGGGCUGAUGGUGAAGACCCUGGAUGUCGACGCCACGUACGAGAUUGCCAAGAGGUCACACAACUGGCUCAAGCUGAAGAAGGACUACCUUGAUGGUGUCGGCGACACCCUGGACCUUGUUGUAAUCGGCGCCUAUCUGGGCCGGGGGAAGAGGGCUGGCCGGUACGGGGGCUUCCUGUUGGCCGCCUACGACGAGGAGAGUGAGGAGCUGCAGGCCAUAUGCAAGCUUGGAACUGGAUUCAGUGAUGAGGAGCUGGAAGAACAUCACCAGAGCCUGCAGGCCCUGGUGCUGCCCACCCCACGCCCAUAUGUGCGCAUUGAUGGAGCCGUGGCCCCUGACCACUGGCUGGACCCAAGUGCUGUGUGGGAGGUGAAGUGCGCUGAUCUCUCCCUGUCCCCCAUCUACCCCGCUGCACGGGGCCUGGUGGACAGUGACAAAGGGAUCUCCCUUCGCUUCCCUCGGUUCAUUCGUGUCCGUGAAGACAAGAAGCCAGAGGAGGCCACCACCAGUGCCCAGGUGGCCUGCCUGUACCGGAAGCAAAGUCAGAUUCAGAACCAGCAAAGCUCAGGCUCGGAUUCCGACCCUGAAGAUUACUAAAGCCCUGAUCCCUUGGACCUCGGGCAGCGGGAACAUGGAUACUGUACGCAUGAUGGUGUUGUAUUUGUGUAGGGCGGGAGGCAGGGGAUAUACUGGGUCUGGGACUCAUAUGGUUAUUUCCUUCAAUAAAUAACUUAUCAAACA